UUGUCAUUGUUUACAUCCUGUCUACUCGCUGUUAUCAAGCCGAUAGCAGUUUCCCUGUUGACGUCACUAGUCGUGGCGUUCUCUAUAUAUCUGUGUUCGAAGCAAUAAAGGGGGCGUUGUCCCAUACUGGCUACCACCGGAGCGUGUCAUACUCGCGUCGCGCCUGGCCGAACGGCGGAUGGCAGCUAAGGCGUAACAGUGGCGACGAGCUGAACUCACUCAACGGGCACGACAAGCAAGGACAGCCCAAGAAUGGCAACUGCGGCCACGGCGUUUCAAGUUCCCUUCUUCCACGACGCAGAAGAUAAGUGGGAAACUUAUGUUGUUCGAGUUGAAGCCUACUUUGAAGGAAAUGCUAUUACCGAAGAUAAGAGGAAGCGCGCACUGUUGGUAGCCGCGCUCGGCUCCAGGCCGAUUGGAAUACUGUGCGGAAUAUGCGCGCCUCGAAGGGUCAACGAACUGACGUACAAGGAAGUUGUCGGCAUCCUGGGUCGACACUACGCGCCCAAGCCUAACGAAAUAGCUGAAAGCUACAAGUUUUUCAAUCGGCAACAGCGGGAAGGCGAGUCGGUGCAAGACUUCAUCGUGGAACUGAGGAAAAUUGCGGAAAAUUGCAAUUUCGGAGACAGCUUGGACCGCAUGCUGCGGGAUCGCAUUGUUUGCGGAGUGCGAAACCAGACAGUCCAACGUCAACUACUGGCAAGGCGAGACCUGACUUUGGCAGAGGCAGAAGAUUUAGCUACCGCGGCAGAGGUAGCCACAAAGGAGGUAAAGAACAUGGAAAGCCAGGAGGUGAAAAAUGAAGCGGAGCUACACAGAAUAGCCGGAAAGUCCCGAAAACAGCCAGACCUGGGAAGGAGGUACAAUACAAGAAAAGAAGAAUGCGAGCGAAGCGGAAGCAGUUCACAUGCACGGGACGCGUGUCGGCACAGAUUCGCCAGAUGUUUCCGAUGCGGCAGACAAGGCCAUUUCGCGAAGAAAUGUGGGGCGCAUAAUGACGUUGCAACUCCAGGACGACCAAUCUCGACGAUUGCAGCUGCGACGGUGUCAGAGGGAGAGGACCUGGACUUGGCAUCAGUAUACACAGUACAACCUCGAACACGGGCAAGUUUUGAACCGCCGGUCCGAAAGCAGAUCUUCUGGGGGGGAGUACGACUGACCAUGGAAGUCGACACGGGCUCUCCUGUUUGUGUUAUUCCCCGUGAAGUGUACAAUGAGCACAAGGACCAUUGGCCGGCGCUGUCGGCAACCAAGCUGAGUCUCCGAUGCUACUUGGGACAGCUGCCCAUCCUCGGGGAGCUACACAUGAGGGCGACCGUCCAUGACGUCACGGUGCCGGCUUCGCUCGUGGUUGUGAACUGCCCCGGACCAAGCCUGUGUGGUCGAGACGUAAUCGGCAAACUGAACUUACUGGACCCUCUGGUGUCAAGCGUGGUUGCAGGCUCAACGAGAGAGCUGGAAGACCUGCUGUUGCAGUUUCAGGACCUGUUCGAGCCAGGCCUGGGAACCAUCAAGGGGCCACCGGUUCAAGGAGACUCCUGGGACCUUGGAGCACCGGUGUGGGUCCGCAACUUCGGCCAAGGUGAAAGAUGGUCACCGGGGACCGUCCAGAACAAGCUCGGGUCAAGGAUGCUGGUCAUCGAGACUCCGGAGGGAACAGUCCGUCGACACAUGGACCAGGUCCGCGGCAGACAAGGUCCGACUGAAAGUCUGGGUGGCCCUAAAAACGGUUCGGACAACGUCGGGCCGCCAGUGACACUAGGACAGCCGGACAGCCAGGGGCCACCGUGCGAGCAAGACGCGCCAGCCCCCGACGGUCAAGACCAACCAGCCUUACGACGCUCAACGCGGACACGGAAACCGAUCGAUCGUUUGCAAUAUUAAGAGGAGAAGAAAUGUUGCAUUGUCAUUGUUUACAUCCUGUCUACUCGCUGUUAUCAAGCCGAUAGCAGUUUCCCUGUUGACGUCACUAGUCGUGGCGUUCUCUAUAUAUCUGUGUUCGAAGCAAUAAAGGGGGCGUUGUCCCAUACUGGCUA